AUGUAUUCUUGUUCAAUCACGCCAGAGUAUGAGGCUGCGAAUGAGCAGUACGCGACAGACUUUGACAAGGGUGAUCUUGCCCUCCCACCAUCUCGAAAAGUAGCCAUAGUGGCAUGUAUGGAUGCUCGCCUUGAUCCAGUCCAAAUACUCGGAAUUGAGCUAGGCUCAGCACACGUUAUUCGCAACGCAGGCGGCCGAGCAGCCGAUGCACUUCGUUCAAUCAUCAUCUCGCAACAACUACUCGGCACAAGAGAGGUCGUCAUUGUUCACCACACAGACUGUGGCAUGCUCACCUUUUCUGAUCUCGACCUCAAGGCCAAGGUUAGAAAAGACCUUGACCAAGACGUGGAUCACAUGGCGUUUAUGCCCUUUGGUGAUCUUGAGCAGAGUGUUCGUGACGAUGUAAAGUUCUUGAAGAAGAGUCCUUUGGUGUUGGAUGUUCCUAUUACUGGGUAUAUCUACGAUGUCAAGUCUGGCAAAAUUACGGUCAAGAUCAGAUAG